AUGCACGCACCGAUGAAACCGUUGGAAGUUUAUGGAUACUCCGUGCGUAAUUACGCACCGGCACCGCCGUACCCGCAGGUCCACGGAGGUCAAUGCCUGUCCUCCACGAAGCCUGUCAGCGGUAAAUCUUUCACCAUCGAGGCCCUGCUGGCCAAACCCGAGGAGAGGCUCGGGGGUCGGACCAGUCCCACGCAGUGCGGGGUGAAGUUCCACCCUGCAGCGGCCGCGCCGCCUCUACCUGGACACGCUGCUUUACAGAUGCCUCCAGCACCGUAUUUCUACAAUCCAAACAUCUCACACCCCGCAGUCCACACGCAGCCUGGAUACUCGGUCUACUGCUGCCCGCCGUUCACCUACCAGGCAUCGUGUCGUGGAGCAUUUUACGCACAAGCUUCAAUGUCCAAAGUCAACGCAGGGCUGCAUUCCUUCAAAACCAAAGGCGGGAAGUCUAAACGGAUGCGCACCAGCUUCACCAGCGAGCAGCUGUCCCGGCUGGAGAAGGAGUUCGCACGGCAACAGUACAUGGUCGGGUCGGAGCGGUUCCUGCUGGCCUCCGCUCUGCAGCUCACAGAAGCCCAGGUCAAGGUCUGGUUCCAGAACCGACGCAUCAAGUGGAGGAAGCAGAGCCUGGAGCAGCAACAAGCCAAACUGGCCAAACUGGGCCUGGCUGCUCCGGUGAAGAGCCCCGGCUCCCAGGGCCACGGGGAUGAAGGUGGAGAGGAUGAGGAGUUCUCCGACUCCGAUGUGGAUAUAGAAGUUUCCGACGGCUCUGCUGAUCAAGGCCGGGGCUCCCACACGCCCGCCCACCGCCGGCGGGAGGCCUUUCUCUGCUCCGCUGACUACCAGCGUCACGGCUUCCAUGCAGGCAGACACUCACACACUCUGCUGAAGCCAGACCUGGCAGACACCAGGGAUGAAACACCAGGGAUCACACCCCCCAUAAUCCCAUUGAGGGACAGACAGACAGAAGCAGCCAGAGGCCUGGGAAAGUCCUGGGGGGAGGCCGGGAUCAUCGUCUCAAUUAGCACAGGGCACCUGAACGGACAGAAGCGCGCCAGCUCUGGCUCCCUUGAGAGGCAAAAGUCUCCCGCCUUCACGGACGACAUGAACGGUUGGUUUCCCAAAGAGAGGAAGAAAACGGAGGACAACCAAAGUGGAUGCUUUCCUCUACUGAUGAAGGCCAACGACUCUCCGGAGAGACGCUGUCUAACUCUGUGA